UUUCGGAAAUAUUAUUUGCUACUUCGAUAACUUUGUUUUUAUCUUUGAAAAUUUAGUCAAUUAACUUUGAAUUUUCGACUUUUUUUUAGUGUGAAUCGUUUGUUGGACUUUUGUCGGUGAUUGUUAAAUCGAAUAUGCUUAUCAAAAUUAGAUGAUUCGAAAACAACAAUCCGUGUGAGCUUGCCCAAUUUUUUUUUCAAUUUUGAAGUAUCAUGGAUUUUAAAAAACCUAAUCAUAGCACCAUAGCAAAGACCAUAGCGACCAUAGCACAAUCGUUUGUUUAUUUUAUGAUAAGCACUUGUUGAAUAUUCAUUUAUUUUUCAAAACAAGACCAUAAUUGUGUGGGAAAUUAUUAUUUUAGCGAAGCGAAUAAAGUACGGUGAUUUGUUUUUCCAGUGUUUUUCUUUCAAAAUGUACACUAUUCUUCGCGCAUAUUACUGCUAAUCGGUGUUGUUUCUCUCCUUUUGUACUUCACGAGAGGAAUACCUCGUGAACACCCAAUGGCCAGGCUGGGCUCCCGUCUUCCGUGUACUUAAUCAAACUGCUGCAGUGACAACUGCUAAUACCAGUUAAAACACAUGGUUUUGUCGUGGAUAAAAUUUUAGGUUAAAAGUCUUUAAAUCGUGUCUACGUGAAGUUUUUUAAGUUUUAAAGUAUCAAAUAAUUAGUAAAAUAAUCAGUACAUCGUUCUGCAAUUAGAUUUAGCAACAAUGGGGAAGCUCAACGUAACGAUGCUUCGAUAUUUAACUCGUGAAGAUUUCCGCGUUUUGACAGCGAUCGAAAUGGGCAUGAAAAAUCAUGAACUUGUGCCUGCAUCCUUGGCUGCUCAAAUUGCCAAUCUUCGCCACGGCGGUGUUCACAAAUUACUGAGGGAACUGUGCAAGCAUCGCUUACUGAGCUAUGAGCGUGGAAAACAUUACGACGGAUAUCGUCUCACAAACUCUGGAUAUGAUUAUCUGGCUUUGAAGGUAUUAGCUGCAAGAGAGGUCGUUGUCUCUUUUGGAAACCAGAUCGGUGUUGGCAAAGAGUCAAAUAUUUACAUAGUUGGUGAUUCAGAUGGAAAUCCUGUGUGCUUGAAGUUGCAUCGGCUGGGAAGGACAUGUUUCCGGAAUAUUAAGGAGAAGAGAGAUUAUCAUCAGCGCCGAAAAUCCAUGUCAUGGCUUUAUCUCUCAAGAAUAUCAGCAACUCGAGAAUUUGCUUACAUGAAAGCGUUAGAGGAACGAGGUUUUCCAGUACCAAAACCAAUAGAUUUCAACAGACACUGUGUAGUCAUGGAACUUGUAGAAGGUGGACCUCUUUGCGGCGUACACGAAGUAGACAAUGUUGAAGCUCUCUAUGACGAGCUCAUGAAUCUCAUUGUCAAACUUGGCAAUCAUGGUGUCAUCCAUGGUGAUUUUAAUGAGUUCAACAUCAUGAUGACCGACGAAGGGAAGGCCAUUCUCAUUGAUUUUCCACAAAUGGUUUCAACCGAACAUCCCAAUGCCGAGUACUAUUUCAAUCGCGAUGUCAAUUGUAUACGUGAUUUUUUCAAAAGACGUUUCGCAUAUGAGAGUCAAUUAUAUCCAAGCUUCAAUGAUAUUUCGCGCGAAGAUUGCAUCGACGUGGAAAUAAGAGCAAGUGGUCUUACGAAGCGAAUGGAAAAGGAUUUGUUGAUUGAAAUGGGUAUGGAUCAAAGUGAAGAAGAUGAAGAUGAGACCGAGUCCCAAGAAGUUGAUAAUAACGAUGAGAAUCCCGAUAUCGAUGUUCUUCGCCAGGAAGUAAACAAACUUGUGGAUGAUGAGCUGGUGCCAAAAUCAUUACGAUCGUAUGAAGACGAAAAAGUGUCUUUGAUCGAUAAAGUUAAUAAGUUAGAGUUAAGAGAAAAAUGCAGGUUUGAAUUUGAAGUUGAAUCUAUAGAAUCAAGCGAUGAGCGAACAAUUGAAAACCUCGGCGACGUACUCGAAUCAGAAAAAAAUGACCAAAUUUCCGACCUGAUAAAUGCGUCGACGCUAGCAAAUCCAGGAUCGGACAAUGAUUCUUUAUGCGGUUAUGAGUUCAACGAUUCCAGAAGCGUUCGGAGUUGUUCAACAGCAGCUUCAAUAGCACCGGAUGUCAUCAGGCGUCGAAUCAAACUGACUUUGGAUAAGAGAAACAAACGAGGACAAGCGAGAAAAAUAGUAGCCAAAGGAGAAGCGAGUGCGACGACGCGAUCACGACGUGAAAAUCGUGAUAUGAUCAAACAAUCGACCAAUUGUGGCAUUUGGGGAGAUUGAACGUCAAACGCGUAUAAAUUAGAUUCUCUGUAAUUAGUCUCCUCGAGAUCCACAUCGGUUGAUAAAUUUGUAUAAUAUAAGAAAUUCUUCUAUGAUA